ACGUGGUAAAAAAGUCUCAUUAUCUCGUCAUUUUUUUGGUGUCAUUACAUCUCAGUAUUCCCUACUGUAAUUUGUAAACCAGGGGUGUCCGAAGUCUAACCUCAGUUCUGGAAUUGAGCCAAUCUGGUCUGCAAACAUAGCUUUUUGAUGGAGAUGUACACUUUUCCAUCUUUUAGGGCUUUUUUUCCACAGAUAUGCAAGUAAUAUUUUCUCAGAUUUUCUUAAAUGGUCAAUGCAAAUGAUGGUCAGUAUAAUUUUCAAGUCAUGAAAGGAAAUCUUGCAAGAUCUUCCUUAUGUUCUGUAUCUGCAAUUAUUUACUGAUCCUUUUUCUGUAUUUAAAUAAAAAUGUAAAAUUAUGUUUAUUACUGAGUGGAAGCAGGAGUACCUGGAGAGAACCCACACAUGCACAGAGAGAACAUGCAGGAAGACUCUGGCUGGGAUUUGAACCCAGGACUUUUUUUGCUGAAAGGCUGUGAUCAGUAGUAAAGGUUAAUAAAAGCUUCACUACAAUUGGUUUCAGUAAAUUUGAUUAAACCAAAUCAAAACAAAUGAAAGCAAUUUCAGAUUUUACAAGGGAACCAUUUACUAUCUGGUUUCCACUUUACAGCAGCCAACUGUACAGGGUAUCGGCCACAUAAAAUGGUCAUAAUGUGACCAAAAUCAAGACACAGCGUAACUUUGCAGAAGGUUCUAGUGGUACGACUCGUUCUAUAACCGCUUCACAUUCUCUGUAGGAAGAAAAUAAGAAGCGAAUUAGUUCACUGUGGGUUAAAGUUUCUGGAAUUUACUGUCUUGCCCAAUAAUCAUCUGCUUUCCACGUCUCAGGAUUCUGAUUUCCUCCUGCCAGUCACACUCCAGUCUGAACGAUGGUUAGAUCUGGUCAUAAGACUGCUUUUUAUGAAACAUUGGUGGGAAAUCUGCAGGAGUUGUUUCUGAAAUACAAACCACUCUGACAUUAUGUACUUGACUAAAGAGAGGAUUUAGGUGAAACAUGAGUCACAGAUUGCGCUGCUUGCACUCUGCUGUUGCUGUUUACAGCUGAACUGGAUUUCGCUCUCCCUCUGUGUGUCUCCCCCGUCCUCCUCACAGCGAGCCAGGCUCCCUACUUCCUGCGCCGCUGGCUCAUUAACCCAAUACUCAUUAAUUUAUGUGGUGCAAUUAGGAUGACAGAUCAGCAUCAGUUUGGGGUUGUAGGAAGGGCUCUCACAUGCUGGAAUUACAUUCAACCAUAUUAUUAAUACAACUGCAUGUAUAAAGUGAUCACUUCUUUAACGUUUCCAUAUUUUGCUACUUUCUAGCCACAAAGUUGAGUGUGUUAUAUAAUAGACCAAAACAGAGUAGAAGAAACUGCAUUUCAGUCAACUUUACUCUUAAUUCCACCUGAAUAAAAUCAAAUGCAUUCAGAAGCCUUCUAAUUUAUAGAGUUAAUCUUUAUGUAUUCUAUUCUCUGUAUAACCCAUCUGUUCUUUUACAGUCUCAGAGAUUUGUCAGAAAAUAUUAAUGAACAAACGGCAUCAGAUGGAUCAUAGGUUAAAGAUGUGGAGACGUUUAAAACAGGAACAAGUUAUACAACAACUCUUUUAUCCAAAAAUAGAAUGGCACAGAAAGAGCUGGCCACUUAUGUUAGCCGACAGAGAAGGAGCCUGGAGUCUGGAGAAGCUCAGGUUUGAGAUUUAAGUUGACAGGGUAAUUAUUAUUCCUGCAUUCUCCAAAUCUGGUCCUCAUGGAAGAGAAAAACACAGAAAAUAUGUGGAAUAAAAUGCUCUGGUCAGAUGAGACCAAAAUGUAUCUUUUUGUGCCUCACUAUAAACACACCAGGCCUGCAGUGAAACAUGGCGAUGGCAGCAUUAUGCUGUGGGAAUCCUUCUCUGCAGCAGGGCCAAGUGAAACUGAUCAGAAUUGAUGGGAAAAUGAUGGAGCUAAAAAUACACAACAAUUGAGCAAUGCUUCUUCUCUCCCCUUUUCUAAUAUGCUACCUAUUUUCUUUGGUUCUAGUGUCCUACAGUUCUUGUGAAAUGUUUGUUAUUUAUGUAAUAAAGGGGAAGCUAGAUAUCAUUUACAUACUUGAAGUAAGUAAUAAAAAAACUCCCAACAAUAUACAUACAGCCAAAGGUACAAUAAAAUAGUUUAGCUCAAAGCAUCUUCACCUGUUAGAAUGUCCAAUUGAAAAUCUGUUGCAAGACUUUAAAAUUUUAAAUUAUUCUGCUUUUUAUCUGGCUGUUUUUAUAGAGGGAUGGGCGAAAAUGUCCAUCUAUAGAUGGGUAAAAAUAAAACUUACAGAUGCACCAAAUACAAACUCAGUAGGUGACAUCAAUAUAAAUACAUGCCACAUUUUUCAGAUUUUUUCCCAGCUGUACCAGUAUGUGCUAUUUUCUGCUGGUCUGCCCCAUAAAGUCCCAGUAGAAUAGCCUGAAGUUUGAAUGUAAAUUCCUCUGCAGGACUUUCUCUCUCUCUCUCUCUCUGCUUUCCCAGAGAUUUAUCUUCUAAUGCUCUGCUGGAUUUUGUUAGGAUCUUGAUUUGGCAACAGAUUCCUUCUCACUGCUGUUACAAGCAAACUGAACAUCUGCUGUUUUGGCUUUGUUUUCGGGUGAGAUGUAACCCAGACGAACAAACUGGGCAUCUUCCUGCUUCCUCCACUCCAUUUUCUGGUGGGUUACCACAUCCUACGCGACUCUUCGGCGAAACCCAGCCCCUCUUCCCGUCUCGCUGCCCCUUAUUGCCUGUAUGUUUGUUGGAGCUAAUUAAAUGAAACCACCAGAGGGAGCCAAGAUGGCCCCUGAGGGUUCACCAGCAGCUCAGCAGCUCAUCAAUCUGGCAAGCAGGACCUGGUGAAAUGUAAUUCGGUUUGUCUGAGUGUGGAGAGCUGGAUGUGAAGACAUAUGAAGCAGGAAGUGGCAGCGCCCCACCUUGCUGCCUCGCUGCCGGCAGCAUCAUGAUGAGCAGCAGGAAUUUCCCUGACACCUUAUCCAUACGCUUUAGGUGAUUCCUCCUUAGUGUGAGAAUGCUCGCUGUUGCACGGUGAUGAGUUGUUUGUAGCUCCACCAAACUCAUCUCCUCAUAUUUGAUGAUUAAAAAAAAAAAAAAAGAUGCUGUUGGAUAUUUUACAGAUCUCGAGGGGGAAAAGUGUGAUGUGGAUUUUGUUAUUUUUCAGGUCUGCAAAUGUAUAGAAAAAGAAGAUAAUCUGGAAAAAAAUAGUGCUUAUUAAUUUUAGUAAACACUAAACGUGGUGCCCUCUCCUCCAUUUUGUUUUUUCUGUUUUCCUUCCUUCCCUCCGUCAUACCUGUUUCUCUUCUUGUUUUGUUUCUUGUGUCCUACCUCCUUUCCUUCUUUUUGUUAAAUAUUUCCUUCCUUCCUCCUUUUAUAUCCUUACUUUUGUUCCUCAUUGUUCCUUGGAUCCCUCCUUACAUAUUUUCAUCGUUCCUUCCUUCAUUCUUACUUUCUUCAUCUGCACAUCCUUCCCAAACUAGUGAACUAUAAUAUCUUACACUGAACAUAAACACAGAUGCACGUAAAUGUUUGGAAACAUUUUAGAUGAAAAAUGUUAAGAAACCAAUUUGUGAUCCAAAUGGCAUCCUGGAAUCUGGAAAAAAAAAACUAAUUUCAAUGCAUUUUUUCUAAUAAAAGAGAAAAACGUAUUGAGAGUGCUGCUUUUGCAUUAAUUGUAAUGAUGUUCCCUGCUGUCUGGAUUGAGGUCAAAGAAAAUACAGCUAAGCCAAAGCACUUUUGCCAGUAUUAAAGUAUUAACAGAGAGCAGAAAGGAAAAACAGCCUCUGAAAUUAAACCGCUCUCUUUUCGAUUUAAAGGAGUCUUGCAUUUCUUUUAAUGAUAUAAGUGGUGUAUAAUUGUUUAAGCUUAAAUAAAGUUGUUUUUUACCUGAAGAAAACGGCUGCAGGUCGCCUAUAAUCCCAAAACCAAUGUUCUUUGUUGUUGUUUGGUGGAAUCCUGUCAUCUGAUUGGUUGGAGGCAGAUUAGUUUGAGGGUCUACUGUAUAGCUGCGUGCCAUAUGAGGAGUGAGUGAGUGAGGGAGGAAAGGAGGAGGAAAUACUUUCUCUUCACUCUUUACUCACUUUGUCACUUUGGGAUGGACUUCCAGCUGAGAUGAACUGUGAGCAGCCAGCUGGUGGCUGAGGCUUAGAGAGCGGCUGGCAUCACAAAGACGCACAUUUUCAGUCUGGCUCCGUGAACCUGCACACUUGUUUUUCUUUCUUUCUUUUUUUUGCUCUGUUUUGUUGUUAUAUUGUGGGGAAAGAAAUAUGCCUGGGUGAGAAUCCUGACCCGUUCAUGUGCAGUAGCUCAGCUUUCGUCAGGGCGGAGCUAGCCAUGGAAACCCCGGCGUGGCUGGAAUGUUUUACUCGCUCGAGGCGAAAACACGGGCGGCCACGCCUUUUUCGCCUCUUGACACCUUUCCGGCAAGUCCGCUGUUACCCCGAGAAAGCGCCGCCUCAAAGGCAAUUCCCUCGCAUCAACGGUCACUCUAAAUCCGAGCGCACCGCCAGGGACUCGGCCAUGGGUUACGACAGCGCCUCGGUAAUGAGCAGCGAGCUGGAUUCCAGCUCAUUUGUUGACAGCGAGGAGGAUGAGGAUGCCAGCAGGCUCAGCAGCUCCACAGAACAAAGUUCUUCUUCGCAGCUCAUGCGCAGACACAAGCGGCGCAGACGGAGACACAAAAUGGCCAAGAUAGACCGGUCUUCAUCUUUCAGCAGUAUCACAGACUCCACCAUGAGCCUCAACAUCAUCACCGUCACACUCAACAUGGAGAAAUACAACUUCCUGGGCAUCAGUAUUGUAGGCCAGAGUAACGACCGGGGAGAUGGCGGCAUUUACAUCGGCUCCAUCAUGAAGGGAGGAGCCGUGGCUGCUGACGGCAGAAUAGAACCAGGAGACAUGCUCCUGCAGGUAAAUGAUGUGAAUUUUGAGAACAUGAGCAACGAUGACGCUGUGAGGAUCCUGAGAGAAAUUGUUUCUAAGACUGGCCCUAUUAGUCUCACUGUUGCCAAAUGUUGGGAUCCGUCUCCGCGGAGUUACUUCACCAUCCCUCGUGCGGAGCCAGUGAGACCCAUCGACCCUGCAGCCUGGAUUUCUCACACCACAGCGCUGACGGGACCUUUUCCACAUUAUGGUAAAGACAGCCAGAGUCUUCUUUAUGAAAACACUUUGAGUAAUAAUUCAGAUUCUGGUAAACAUAUAUAUAUUUUCCCCCAUUCUUUCUCUAUCUCAGAAUUUGAUGACCUGCCUCUGUCGGUUGGUAAAACAGACAUGGCAACCAUUGUGAAGGUGAUGCAGCUGCCUGACUCUGGCCUGGAGAUACGCGACAGGAUGUGGCUGAAGAUCACCAUCGCCAAUGCCGUCAUAGGUGCUGAUGUGGUGGACUGGCUUUACUCCAGAGUGGAGGGCUUCAAGGACCGGCGAGAUGCAAGGAAGUACGCGAGCAGUCUGCUGAAACAUGGCUACCUGAGACACACCGUCAACAAAAUCACCUUCUCCGAACAGUGCUACUACACAUUUGGGGACCUCUGCCAAAAUAUGGCGUCACUCAAUCUGAAUGAAGGAUCCAGUGGCGGAGGCUCUGAGCAGGACACAUUGGCGCCACUACCUCCCACCACCAACCCCUGGCCUCUUGGCGGGCAGCCGUUCCCCUACCCUCCAUUUCCGUCGGCGCCCCCCUGCUUCCCGCCGGGAUACUCCGACCCGUGUCACAGUUUCCACAGCGGGAGUGCCGGUAGCCAGCACAGUGAGGGAAGUCGAAGCAGCGGAUCGAACCCCAGCGCAGGCAAAGACAGACGCUCCCCGCAGGAGAAGGCUCAGAGGACGAUGUGCUGCGAGUCGGAGUCGGGCGUCCGCGGAGCGAGGCGGGGCGACCGCUCCGCCAGCCAGAUGAGCCACCACAGCCACGCCAGGUCGAGCCUGAGUCACAGCCACUCGCACAGGAGCCACUCGCUGUCCCAGAGCAACCACCCCUCCUUCGGCUACAGCCACACCCCCUUCACGCAGGCGGGGCCGGGGUCCUGCGCGCAGAGCGAGCGGAGCCACGCCUCCUCCUACGGCCCCCCAGGCUUGCCUCCCCCUUACUGUCUAGCUCGCCUCGCCCCCAAACCCUCAGUGAGCAGCAGCACGCCCCCCGGAGCGCCGCCGGGGAGAGAGCUGGCGUCCGUUCCCCCGGAGCUCACUGCCAGCCGCCAGUCGUUCCAGCACGCCAUGGGCAACCCCUGUGAGUUUUUUGUGGACAUCAUGUGACAGGACAGUGCCUUCAAAAACAAAACAAAAACACAGUGAGCACAAAACAAUCCUCCCUGAACUCACUUGCGUGUUUUUCUUUUUUCUCCUCAAUCGUUUGAGCACCCUUAAAGCUUCUGUAUGUAACUUUUAUUAAAAAAAAUGUUUUUUCUUUUUAUUAUUUCUUAAAACUGUCAUGACAGUAUAGUAUGAGAGACAAAAUAUGAAAUAUUCAACUUCCUCUACCCCUUCCCUGCAGAAAUACACAGUUUGGUCAGAAACAACCAAUCACAGGCAGGAGGAGGGUCUUAUCGCUGCCAAUCUUGCUCAUGUACCUACUUCUCACACUGUCCUCCUUACUCUCUACUAUGCUACAUCUUCUUCCAGAUAGCAGAACCGGUCAUGAGUAUUUAGUUUAAUUAGCUAAAUCAAUAUACAGAUGAAAAAAUUAAAUGCACUAACAAAUCGGCCCAGGUUUCCUUUAUUUUAUAUUUCUCAUCUACCUCGACAAACGUCUGAAAACGAACCGCUGAGACUUGACUGACAGACCCACCAGCUCAUGUCUGCACUUUUGCAGAUACGAAUAGUGACUCUACUGUUACCAACUCACUGGAUUUCUUGCUACAUUUAUCAACAUUUCAGACCAACAGUAGAAUCAGCAGGUCAGGCUUUUUAAAGAUCAUAACCAGAAAACAGUAAUCGGCUCAGGAAGAGGCAAAAACCCUGUGGGAUUAUAUGAAGUCACCACCUAAAUAUUAUAGAGAAAAUAUAAUCCAAGAAUACAAUGCCUCACCAGUCGAUCAUUAAUUUAUUAAAUACAAUCAUAUUGAAAAAAUAAAAACAUCUGCAAAGCAUUAAUGAAAACUUAAUAAAAUAUGUAAUAAUGAAAAAAGUUACACAAUUCAGUGCAGUUUUAAAUAACGUUUAAACUCUUAAAGGUCUUUUACAGAAUGCUAAGGCUAGUUAGCAUGAACACCAAUGAUAAUGGAUAAACAGUUUUCCUUUAACAGUAAGUUUGUUUGAGCAGCACAUGGCCAAGCAUGAUUGACAGCAACACCUUCCUCCUAGCUCUGAUUGGUUGUUUUUGGCAUUUCUUUAGACAGCAAUAUUAACACUAUGAGGAGGUAGAGGUCUCAUAUUAACCUAUCACAACAUGGUGACAGUUUUAGUAAAUUUAUAAAAAACAGAUUUAUUUUUUAAUUAAAGUUACGUACCGCAGCUUUACGUCCAGAAUGUAGAUACCACCCAGGCCCCUCUGUGGCCCCUCUGUGGCCCCUCAGCUUCCCGAUGUCCACAGAAAGGAAUACGGGCUGCGAUAGCACAAAGGAAGGAUUCUUCUCGCUCACAAGCACAGGUGCUCCACCUGAACCCCGUGCCCUUUUUUUACGGACAUGUACAGUUUGUGAAACGUUUGUGCUGUUUGAUGUGGUGACGUCUUCGAAGCUGCCACGCAGAUAUUCUGGGGUAAAACCUCGGACAUCGUCUGUUCAGCGAGACCUUUACCUUGGCUGGAACUGGAUCUCAAUCCCCCAGACCCAGAACCCAAAACUCUGGACUUGCGUCUGUUUGUGUCCAAACCUCCACCGUUUCUGGGGCUUCCUCGCCAGCAGCUUGCCUGAGCUCCGACUUGCCAACACUAACCGAGAUCUGUGGACCCAACAACCGGCUGCCAGUUUGACCAAGGCUGCGCCGUGCAUGUCUGAACUGCUUUAAAGAAAUUUUAUGAAUUAAUUUUGUUUGAAGUAUUAGCUAAACUGGAGGGGAGGAGGUUCCCUCUUGUUCUAAAGGAUGAAUCCGUACACUGGAAGAUUUUGUGAUGUUAUUUAUGUGGUCAUGUUGCGUUGAUGAUGUUCUCACAGUUUGUCUCCUCUAAGCCUCCUGACAGACAAUCAGACAUCACCCUUUGUGAAUCAGAGGCUACUUUCCGCUCUCUCAGCCAUUUUCUGUCAAAAGUGCAGUAUGUGUCAAAAGUCUACACACCCCUGUAACUGCAAAAGGUUCUAAAUAAACCAUUUUUAGAACCUUUCCCACCUUUAAUGUAAACAUAUUUUCUCUAUUAUUCAACUGGAAAACAAGCAAUUCUGUCAGAAGGUGAAAUGUACAAAAGAUAAGUGCGGCACUUACCUGGUUGCAUAGGUUUCCACAACAUUAAAUGAAUGAACUUGAUUCAGUCUUCUUGAGUUCAUAUCUGACAUGAAUUAUAGAGAAUUUCAUGAACGUCAAAUCAAUUUCAGCUGUGCCAGAAGGAUUUUCCUCACAUUUGCAUUAUUCAGCUAAAGCAGAAGCUUAAGGAGAGAAUAACAAAAGAUCUUAACAAUGUCACUGUAAAGAAGUACUUUUUCAGAAGAAAAGUACCAGAAAAUAACUAUAACAUAAAUAAAUCAGUAGUUAGAGAAAAUAUAUAACACUCAAACUGGAUUAUUUUUUAUUUUUUUUAACAUAAGAGUUUCAUGCGGUCUAGCAACAACUUGAAUUAAAUCUCCAAAAAUCCUGUGGAACUAAUGACUUAUGAUUGGAUGAAACCAAACUCUCACAAAAUGCAAAUUACAAUGAAAAACACAACAUUCCCCAAACAGGAAAUUGUAAAAAAAAACCCCAACAAACAUUAAGGUGGAAAAAGUUAUGAAAUAAUUGAUCAAACUGUCACAUCUUCACGUCACGAGAAACUUCCGUUUCACCAGGCGUGUGUGGACGUUUUACAUGCACUGCGUCGUUAUUCCCAUCAGGUGAGACGACCUGGACAUUUCCAACACUUUGAUUUAAGCACAGUGACACCAGCAGAAAUGUGAGCACAACUAUCCAACUGCCAAACCAGUUUGCUGUUGCAGCGUCGUAAGAAGUCGGUGAGAGAAGCCGGCGCCUCACAUUAUGUGGUGGAUCGCUCUUUCUUAUGUCAGAGAUGUUUAUGUUGCCAAUUCUCUGUUUGUUUGUGAUUACCAUCAGUUUCUUCUCAUUUCACAUGAGUUUAAAGUGACUUCGAGGGGAAUCCUGGCCAACAGAAUAACCAAUCCCCUUGCCAAACAACGGCAAACCCCUGACGCAUCUACUAAAAGAAUAUCUACAACAGGGAACUAACACUCUAGUUUUAUGAGCACUUUUUCAUUUUGUCUCUCCCUUUAAGUAUGACACACUGUUUGCAAUCAAAGCUUUCUCUUUCAUUUUGUAUCGUUACAAAAGAAGAAUAAAAUGUACAUAGAAAUUUAUUAUAUAUAAGAAUUAAAAAUAUAUCUGUUCAA